AUGGGAAUUUGCUACAGCUCGCAACCGCGCCAACCAGACACUGUCUCAACAGAUGACAUAAUUCCACUUCGAUUUUGGGAUACAGCCAAGUCGAUGCGCGGCACUGUUCUCGACGUUUCUCUAAAAUUCGAUGAUGUCUUGGAUACCGCAAAACUUCGUGAGGCUUUGGACAACCUCUUUAAUAGCCAUGGCUGGAACCAACUAGGAGCUAGAAUUCGCAUGAAUAAUGGAAGGCUCGAGUACCAUAUCCCAGCUACCUUCGAUGCUUCCAGACCAGCCUACCACUUCACCAUUUCUGAUCAUGAGAUGAGCAUCAACGACCAUGAACUGGGAAAGGCACUUCCCAAAGCAGGCAACAAAGGCCACAUCUUUGGUACUCCCGAUGAAUUCAGUUCCGAUCUCCGGAGCCCAGAUAGUCCUACAAAGCUGGACGACUGGCUUUACACCGAUCGACCUCAACUAUCCAUCCACGCAGUCAAGUUUAACGAUGCGACAAUCCUUACCGUAACCUGGAUCCACACCCUGGCUGACGUGAUGGGAAUAAAGACUUUCUUGACUGCAUGGAGCGCAACUCUUCGACGAGACGAGAAGGCGGUUCCAAAGCUACGGGAAUUCCGAUCUGACCCGCUUUCUGAACUCGCCCAACGAACACCGGCAGAGAGCUACAUCUACUAUAAUCGUGUAUUUGGUCGAAAAGACUUUCUCUGGUUCAUCGGAUUAAAUAUCCUUGAAAGAAUUCGACACCGUCAGGAGGAACGACGCAUGAUCUGUUUACCUGCAUCAUCAUUCAAGCAUCUUUACUCGAUAGCUACGACUGAAGUACAAGACAUUACAUCCGCUGAUCAAAAAUCAACAUCUUUCGUCAGUGAAAGUGAUGUUUUGUUGGCGUGGUGGGUUCGUACGCUGAAGGGUGCACUGGGUUUCCGGGAAAGCCAACAAAUUAUGGUCAAUAAUGCCUUGAACUUGCGAACUUCCGCUGAUGAGAUUGUUGAUUCUGAGAAUGAGGUCUACAUGGGCAAUGCGUUGUGCAUGUGUCCCACUUUCCUCCAGGGAAGUCAGUUGGCCGAUGAGUCGCUGGGGCAAAUUGCCCUGCGAAUUAGGCAAUCAUUAGUCCAGCAGCGCUCGACUGAGCAAGCUGAGGCAAUGGCAGCGCUACAAAUGCAGACUAUGGAAAAGACAGGGUAUCUAGCAUUGGUAGGUGACCCUCGGAUGGUUCUUUUGUCCUGCUCCAACUGGCAUAAAGCCCGCCUAUACGAUGUGGACUUUUCGCCUGCUAUAUUACCGUCUACAAGUCCAGAAGAGAGGCAAAUUACUAUCCCUGGCAAGCCCUCUUAUGUCAAUGGUGUUCAGCACUCGCCGAUCUCUUUCCGGAAUGUGUUAUCGGUAGUAGGAAAGGACUCGGCUGGGAAUUGGUGGCUCACUGGCGUUCUGCGCACAAGUGCCUGGGUACAGGUCGAAGAGCAGCUGAACUUGUUGGAGAUUGUUAAGGAUGGUAAAUCGGAGAUUGGCGACCCUUGA